CUGGGCUUAAGCAAUUCUCUUGCCUCAGCCUCCCAAGUAGCUGGGACUACAGGCGCCUGCCACAACGCCCCGCUAAGCACAGAAGUUCAAAAUCACUGGCCUAGAGGCUGGUGGCCCAGACCCUCCAGGAGAUCCCUGACCUGUCAUUUUAUUGCCAGCCAGGCGGUUACAGGCUCUUUCCCAGAAGUUGAAGCAAGAAGCUCGUGUGGCUGUGUCUUCUCUUCCAAGUCAAGUGGUUUCCCUGGAAUGGAUUGCAACUCUGCGAGCUUCCACCCUGGUGAGACUCUCCAGAUCUAAGCCUGCAAACCCAGCGAGGAAGAAGCACCAUUGUAAAAAUGACCGAAGAGCCCAUAAAAGAAAUCCUGGGAGCCCCAAAGUCUCCCAUGCCAGUGACGACAGAGAAGACCCCCAAGAGCGAAGCUGGGGUCCCCACGGUGCCGCUGGUCAGUGAGAUCCAGCUGAUGGCCGCCACGGGGGGUGCUGAGCUCUCCUGCUACCGCUGCAUCAUCCCCUUCGCCCUGGUGGUCUUCAUCGCCGGCGUUGUGGUCACUGCGGUGGCUUAUAGCUUCAAUUCCCACGGCUCCGUCAUCUCCAACUUUGGCCUGAUUGUUCUGUCAUCUGGACUUUUUUUGUUAGCCUCCAGUGCCUUGUGCUGGAAGGUGAGACAAAGGAGCAAGAAAGCCAAGAGACGGGAGAGUCAGACAGCGCUUGUGGCGAAUCAGAGAAGCUUGUUUGCUUGAGACUGAAUGAGACCAAAUAGGCUAUGUGGCCGGAAAACCUGCUCUGACUUUGUCAGCCAAUUCAUCUAGAACCAUCUUGGGAGAGAACUGACUUGGUAUUGGAGCAGACUAGAAGAAUGGGGGGUGAGGAGGGGGUAGAGGGAUUUCUCCUUUGAGAGAAAUGACUCAAGUCUUCUUUAAUGACAAACUUAACCCUAAGGGCUGUUUCUAAGACUGAAAAAUCAACUUUCUCUUUAUGUUAAAUAUUUUGGGGGGUCAUGGCAGGUGCACAGCAUUAGACAGCAUUUGGCUCACCCUGGAAAGUAGCCAAGAAAAAAUGAGAAAAUAAUAAGAUAGUCCUGGCACACCAGACACCUGCCUCCGAAAGAAAUAACCCAACCUCUUAAGAAGUUGUAUCAUAAUGUGUUUUGCCAACUUCUAUGAAAUUCUGUGAUAAUGUGUUUUUCAGUAAGUUAAUUUUCCAACAUCUCUUUUUGUUUUUCACUUUCAGUAACUCAUCACUGGUGGUACUUUAUCUUGAAGAAUAAACUAAUAUUUUGUAUGCUUUAACAUGGGACAGUUUUAGGUCAUUGUAAUUCUGUUUCAGACAUAAAAAAAAUGAGAAGUAAAAGUUGUAGCUAACAGAUGACGUUGGGGGUUAAAUAUUAAAAUAAUCCAAUAUGGCACUUUCGAUGAUUUUUAUAUAAAAGUUAAAUGUACAUUUAAUUCAAAAUAAUAAAUAGUCAUUGCUGCUGAAAUUUCUUA